CUGGGACCUUGAGAGCGGCCAGGCCAGCCUCGGAGCCAGCGGGGAGCUGGGAGCUGGGGGAAACGACGCCAGGAAAGCUAUCGCGCCAGAAAGGGCGACGGGGGCUCGGGAAGCCUGACAGAGCUUUUGCGCACAGCUGCCGGCUGGCUGCUCCCCGCCCGCGCCAGCCCUCGAGAACGCGCGAUCAGGCACCCCCCAGUCCGGUCACCGCAGCGGAGAGCAGGCAGCUCGCUGCAGCGAGGCCCGGGGCGGCCCCGCAGGGACCCUCCCCAGACCGCCUGGGCCGCCCGGAUGUGCACUAAAAUGGAACAGCCCUUCUACCACGACGACUCAUACACAGCUACGGGAUACGGCCGGGCCCCUGGUGGCCUCUCUCUACACGACUACAAACUCCUGAAACCGAGCCUGGCGGUCAACCUGGCCGACCCCUACCGGAGUCUCAAAGCGCCUGGGGCUCGCGGACCCGGCCCAGAGGGCGGCGGUGGCGGCAGCUACUUUUCUGGUCAGGGCUCGGAUACCGGCGCGUCUCUCAAGCUCGCCUCUUCGGAGCUGGAACGCCUGAUUGUCCCCAACAGCAACGGCGUGAUCACGACGACGCCUACACCCCCGGGACAGUACUUUUACCCCCGCGGGGGUGGCAGCGGUGGAGGUGCAGGGGGCGCAGGGGGCGGCGUCACCGAGGAGCAGGAGGGCUUCGCCGACGGCUUUGUCAAAGCCCUGGACGAUCUGCACAAGAUGAACCACGUGACACCCCCCAACGUGUCCCUGGGCGCUAGCGGGGGCCCCCCGGCUGGGCCCGGGGGCGUCUACGCCGGCCCGGAGCCACCUCCCGUUUACACCAACCUCAGCAGCUACUCCCCAGCCUCUGCGUCCUCGGGAGGCGCCGGGGCUGCCGUCGGGACCGGGAGCUCGUACCCGACGGCCACCAUCAGCUACCUCCCACACGCGCCGCCCUUCGCCGGUGGCCACCCGGCGCAGCUGGGCUUGGGCCGCGGCGCUUCCACCUUCAAGGAGGAACCGCAGACCGUGCCGGAGGCGCGCAGCCGGGACGCCACGCCGCCGGUGUCCCCCAUCAACAUGGAAGACCAAGAGCGCAUCAAAGUGGAGCGCAAGCGGCUGCGGAACCGGCUGGCGGCCACCAAGUGCCGGAAGCGGAAGCUGGAGCGCAUCGCGCGCCUGGAGGACAAGGUGAAGACGCUCAAGGCCGAGAACGCGGGGCUGUCGAGUACCGCCGGCCUCCUCCGGGAGCAGGUGGCCCAGCUCAAACAGAAGGUCAUGACCCACGUCAGCAACGGCUGUCAGCUGCUGCUUGGGGUCAAGGGACACGCCUUCUGAACGUCCCCUGCCCCCUUACGGACACCCCCUAGCUUGGACGGCUGGGCCCACGCCUCCCACUGGGGUCCAGGGAGCAGGCGGUGGGCACCCACCCUGGGACCUGGGGGCGCCACAAACCACACUGGACUCCGGCCCUCCCGCCCUGCGCCCAGUCCUUCCACCUCGACGUUUACAAGCCCCCCCUUCCACUUUUUUUUGUAUGUUUUUUUUUCUGCUGGAAACAGACUCGAUUCAUAUUGAAUAUAAUAUAUUUGUGUAUUUAACAGGGAGGGGAGGAGGGGGCAAUCGCGGCGGAGCUGGCCCCGCCGCCCGGUACUCAAGCCCGUAGGGACAUUGGGAAGGGGACCCCCGCCCCCUGCCCUCCCCUCUCUGCACCGUACUGUGGAAAAGAAACACGCACUUAGUCUCUAAAGAGUUUAUUUUAAGACGUGUUUGUGUUUGUGUGUGUGUUUGUUCUUUUUAUUGAAUCUAUUUAAGUAAAAAAAAAUUGGUUCUUUAUUAA